AUGAGCACAUCCGGCGCACCCGUCGAACUCGUCACCGUCCCCGCUCUCGGUGCAGAAUGGAAGAAAUCUGAACUAAGAGCAAUGACGAAGAAAGGACGCAAAGAGGCCAAAGAGAGCAAUCGUUGGAAUAACUUCCGUGCAUGGACUCGGGAUCAGCGCGGAUGCUGUGGGAAAUGGGGAACCCGCAAACACAUUGCUAUCGUUGCUUUUAUUGUCUGCUGCAUCGUCGCGUUAAUCCUCGCCUUCACAAUCCCCCGCGUCCCCGCCAUCACCUUCAACUCCGCCAGUCCACUCCUCAACGGCACCGCCCCACCACAAACAAUCUUCUCCCGUUCCCCAGCCAACUUCUCAUUCGCUGCGAACCUUGACCUAAAAGUCGACCCGGGUAGCAACUUCCUCCCCUUACACCUCAAGCACGUCCGCGCGAAGAUUCAGGACCUCAAUACAAAUCAACAAGUAGGGCAGGGUGAUGCGUCUGCAUCGUUUCCAGCGCAUGAGGAAUCGGAGUUUCAGUUACCGCUGAACUUUACUUAUGUAGCGAUUAACGAUACUGAUCUGACAUGGCUUAACUGGUACAACGCAUGCAGAAACUCAGCUCUAUACGCAAAUGGCUCACGUCCAGGCGUAGAUUUCCGCGUCCAACUAGAACUCGGCAUCGCAGGCCUAAUCGGCGACCGCCAAAUCACGACACAAAUCACAAACGUCGCAUGUCCGUUCGAGCUUUCGCAAAACAACGCUUAA